CUUUGAUCUGAUUGUUCAAAUCAAAAUUGCCUGUAGUGUUCAUGUUUAAAUGAUAAUUUCCAAUAAUCAUACCUGUUGCUUUAGUUUCAUUUCUUAUUAAAUCUUUGAGAAUGUACAUUGUACAUAUAAAUCUAUGUAUAGAAGUGUUUAGGUUAGGCAACAAAGAUGUAAGAUGGCUUAUAGAACAUGUAAAUGUAGACAUUGUGUAUGUAAAUGUAGACAUAUAUCAUGUAAAUGUAGGCAUGGAUCAUGUGAAUGUAGAUAUGGAACAUGUGAUUGUAGACAUAGAUCAUGUGAAUGUAGACAUGGAUCAUGUAAAUGUAGACAUAGAUUAUGUGAAUGGUGACAUAGAACAUGUAUAUGUUGACAUAGGUCAUAGGUCAUGUGAAUGCAGACAUGGAUCAUGUGAUUGUAGACAUAGAUCAUGUGAAUGUAGACAUAGAACAUGUGAAUGUAGACAUGGAUCAUGUGAUUGUAGACAUAGAUCAUGUGAAUGUAGACAUAGAACAUGUGAAUGUAGACAUGGAUCGUGUAAAUGUAAACAUGGCUCAUAUGUAGACAUAGAUCAUAUAAAUGAAGACAUAGAACAUGUAUAUGUUGACAUAGAUCAUGUGAAUGCAGACAUAGAUCAUGUGAAUGUAGACAUAGAACAUGUGAAUGUAGACAUAGAACAUGUGAAUGUAGACAUAGAUCAUGUGAAUGUAGACAUAUAUCAUGUAAAUGCAGACAUAGAUCAUGUGAAUGUAGACAUAGGUCAUGUGAAUGCAGACAUAGAUCAUGUAAAUGUAGACAUAAAACAUGUGAAUGUUGACAUAGGACAUGUAAAUGUAGACAUAGAACAUGUGAAUGGUGACAUAGAUCAUGUAAAUGUAAACAUACCUGUUCGUGAAAUCCUGUUGUUUGAGCCAAGGAAAUAUAUAUAUCUGAACAUUGCGAAGUAUUGCAAGCUCUAUUUGAGACUUGUGUAGAUAUUGUAACUGUUCUAUAUAAUUGUCUAAGUGAUUGAAGCUGCAAUACUCUAUGGGGUGUGCCAUGGAAUCUGCCAGAAUGGGAAUCUGUGUGAAGUUCCAUAUAGAAUCGGCAUCUGGAGAUGUAAUAUAAAACUAUGUGUACACUGUCCUGUAUUUCCUAUUGUUCAAUCUCAACAUGCAGGUUCAGAAUACAGAUGUAUUAAAUGUUUAGAUACAUUUCCUCAAAUUACCAC